CUCUGUCUAGUUCUCCAAGAAAAAGAAAACCUCUUUUUACGUUCUCUCUAAGGGAAAACCCAUCAAACAAUGAGAGACGACCAGCAGAAACUGAUCUCAUCAUUCAUGGAGAUUGCUAUUGGUCAAACCAAAGACACCGCAAUACAAUUCCUAAAGGCAACGAGCUGGAACCUUGAAGAAGCUAUUAACCUCUUUAUCAUUCACAGAGAGAAUCAACCUCUAUGUCAACAAAACGCAACAGAGCUGCAUAGGAGUGAUUAUCAAGAAGAAGAACAUAACCGUCCUCCUUUACCUUCGAUUAGGGAUACUCUCUAUGACUCAUCUUACAUGUAUCAAACUCCGGUUCAAGUAUGUCCUGAAGAGAUCUGGGACGCGGAAUCAGAACCGUCAGAAGAUUCGGACACUGAUGUUGGACCAGAUUCCAAACCAGAACCCUCAGAAGAGUCGAGGAGGUUGUCUUCUUUGUUCCGUGCUCCUCUGAAACUUCUUUUCCAAGGUACGUUUGAAGAGGCGAAAUCAACUUCUUCCAGACAGAACCUAUGGCUGCUAGUCAAUCUCCAGUCCACGACCGAGUUUGCUUCUCACAUGCUAAACCGAGAUUUAUGGGCUAACGAAGUCGUUUCUCAAGCCAUUGAGUCUAGCUUCAUCUUAUCUCAAGUCUAUGAUGAUACCACCGAAGGAAAGAAAGUCUCUACUUUCUACCGCAUCGAAUCUGCUCCUCCUGUGGUGCUUCUCAUCGAUCCCAUCACUGGUCAGAAUAUGCGUUCUUGGAGUGGCGCAAUUGAAGCUCAUGGUUUUGUGGAGGAUUUGAUGAAGUACAUGGAUGAUGGUCCUCAUCAAUACAUGGCUUCUUCAACAAGAAACAAACGUAUGAAGACAGAUAAGAUUUCCUCUGAAAGCAGCCAGACUGGGCUGCCCCAACUUGCAGAAUCUUUAGAAACAAAGGAGGAGGAGUCUUGUUCUUCAAGCAACCAGACUAUUAGUCAGAUUGUGGUACCGCCGUCUUGGGGGCCCGAGUUUGAAAAGUCUGCAGAAGUGAAGCAGGAGGAGGAGACUUGUUUAAGGUAUCCAGAUUUAACAGAAGAGCCAAAGGGAGACUGUGAUCGAAGCCUUGUGUGCAGUCUAUGUGUUCGGUUUCCAGAUGGGAGAAGAAAGCAGAGGAAGUUUCUCAAGACCGAACCUAUUCAGCUUCUCUGGUCUUUCUGUUAUUCUCAGAUGGUGGAGUCUGAGAAGAAGGCGUUUAAGCUAGUACAAGCGAUCCCUGGUGCUUCCAAGACUCUGGAGUAUGGAGCUAACGCAACUUUCGACCAAUCUGGCCUCGCAAACUCGAUGAUCUCGAUUACCUGGGAGUGAAGAUUCAUUUACUAUUAUUAAAUUAUUUAUGUAAAUUUUGAUUGAUUUAUAGAAAGAAUGAGACAAUGACAAGG